AUGGUCCUCGGCUGCGGGUAUCACGGCUGGAGCUACAACACUACGGGCGCCCUUACCAAGGCACCGAUGUUCGACGAUCUCCCUGGAUUCAAGAAAGAGGCGAACAGUCUUUUUGAGAUUCACACCAAGCAGGACGAUGCCGGGUUUCUGUUCGUCAACUUUGAUCAGAGUGCGGAGGCGAGGAACAGCCCCCUGCCCCCCGCCGCGAAGAUCGGUCAUCCGGUGAUGAUCUACCAGACAUCUCAGUAUCUGGACAGCUGGACGCCCAGAAGCGACUUCAACUGGAAGAUCAUGGCUCCGUUCGGCCUGCUGACAACGGUCUACACGAAGCGUGGUUCGCCCUUCUGGUUCUUGGUCUCCUAUUCGCCCGAUUCGGCCGGGCAGACGACCGUGCGAUGCGAAGCAUACUCAGUGCGGAAGCAGCAUACGCCGCUCGAUAGCGAUGUGAAGAAGAACUGGGGCGAGCAGCUGCGGUUGAAAGUCCAGGGAUUUGAACAGGCGUACCGGAAGGCCCUCAGGGAUGGGCCUAACCUGGGCGCCAGUGUUGAUGGCCAAGCUUUUAUUGCUGAUCAGGUAGAUGUGCAUCUGGAGCGGGAGGUGGCCGAGGGCAAGGAGAUCCGACCGGCGGCAGUGCAAGCCUCGAAUGGUGCCACAUCGGCAGCCGAUAAAUUAAACUUGACUGGUGAUGAGGUUACGUGGUAUGAUGCACCUACUUGA